GCUCAGUAGAAAGUGCAGAGCGGAGACGUGCUGGCCUGAGCUGUCCGUAGUGCGAGCUGUGAAAUUACCUUUCUUUUUUAUUCGAUGAGCAAUUUGCAAAAGUUGUGUGUCAAUGCCAAAAAUUAGCAACACGGAUGCCAAACAGAAAUUGUUGAAGCAAGCAAGAUUGGGAAAAAAUCUGUCAUCCAAAAAAGGAUCGCGUACGGGUAAUUCGGCCAACAACAAGGAACUUAAAGUGCUCACUCUCUUGCAAACUGUACCGUGAACUUUGAACUCUCGCAGAGACCUAUUGGAAGCGCAGCUUUGUGUAAUCGGCAGAAAUUUCUCAUCAACAAAAAGAUAAAAUGGUCUAUACCGAGCGAACUGACAAGUGCUUGAGCAGCACCGCCAAGGAUAAUCCCUCCUCGAAAGUCCAAAGUCCCUCAAAGCAUACUACUGGCUCAGGAUCGGCAGCCGGAUCAGGGUCCAGCUGGAGCAGUCAAGCUUCAAAUGCCGAGAAGUGGAAGUACAACUCUAUGGUGAAGAACGACCGCGAUAAGUUCAAUGGAAUGCAUUUCUCCUAAACCAGAAUCUCAACUAUACUGGGGUCGGGUAUGCAUGACGUUGUAACUUAAAGCUGGUUACUUGUUUCGCUUUAGAAUAGUUAUAUGGACUUAGGUAUAGCAAUGUGAUACAGAAAAAAAUUAUGAAACAAUCCAUUGGUUUAAAAUUAAAAUUGAAAAAAAGAUGCGCAGAAAGUUAAA